AAAGAGAAAGAAGAAGACUUGAAUACGGAAGCUUGAGAAUGAAAGCGAUCGUGAUCUCGGAGCCAGGUAAGCCAGAGGUUCUGCAACUGCGUGAUGUGGCAGAUCCAGAGGUCAAGGACGAUGAGGUUCUCAUCAAAGUUCUCGCCACUGCUUUGAAUCGUGCCGAUACUCUCCAAAGACUUGGCCUUUACAAUCCACCACCUGGCUCAAGCCCUUACCUUGGUCUCGAGUGUUCUGGAACCAUUGAAUCUGUUGGCAAAAACGUCUCUCGAUGGAAGGUUGGAGACCAGGUGUGUGCUCUUCUUUCUGGAGGAGGUUAUGCAGAGAAAGUCUCUGUUCCUGCUGGACAAAUUUUCCCAAUACCCGCUGGUAUCUCUCUAAAAGAUGCAACGGCUUUCCCUGAAGUGGCAUGCACUGUUUGGUCUACUGUCUUUAUGAUGGGCCGUCUCUCCGCUGGCGAAUCAUUCUUGGUUCAUGGAGGUUCAAGUGGGAUUGGGACUUUUGCAAUUCAGAUAGCUAAACAUCUAGGAGUGAGAGUAUUUGUUACAGCAGGAAAUGAGGAAAAGCUUGCUGCUUGCAAAGAACUUGGGGCUGAUGUUUGUAUAAAUUACAAAACCGAGGACUUUGUCGCAAAGGUAAAAGCGGAAACCGAUGGGAAAGGUGUGGAUGUUAUCUUGGACUGCAUUGGGGCACCGUAUUUGCAGAAAAACCUCGACAGCUUAAACUUUGAUGGAAGGUUAUGUAUCAUCGGUUUAAUGGGAGGAGCCAAUGCAGAAAUAAAACUAAGUAGUCUGCUUCCAAAGCGUCUCACUGUCUUAGGAGCUGCAUUAAGACCGAGAAGCCCAGAAAACAAAGCGGUUGUUGUAGCGGAAGUCGAGAAGAAUGUGUGGCCAGCGAUAGAAGCGAGGAAGGUAAAACCGGUGAUUCACAAGUAUCUACCAUUGUCACAAGCAGCAGAAGCUCAUAGCCUUAUGGAGAGUAGCAACCAUAUUGUACUCGUGCUUACACAGCUCAUCAAUGGAGCUCUGUGUUGGGGGAAAGAAGGUCACUACACCGUCUGCAAAAUAGCCGAGAGCUACUUUGAAGAAGAAACUGUAGCUGCAGUGAAGAAACUUUUACCUGAAUCAGCUGAUGGAGAUCUAGCAUCUGUUUGCUCAUGGCCUGAUGAGAUUAAACAUCAUUGGCAAUGGAGAUGGACUAGCCCUUUGCACUAUGUUGAUACACCUGAUUACAGAUGCAACUACGAGUAUUGUCGGGAUUGCCAUGAUACUCAUAAGCAUCAAGACCGGUGUGUGACUGGAGCGAUUUUUAAUUACACUAUGCAACUUAUGUCCGCUUCUGAAAACUCGCAUACUAUAGUCCACUACAACUUGACAGAGGCUCUCAUGUUCUUAUCACAUUAUAUGGGAGAUGUUCAUCAGCCCUUGCAUGUUGGUUUUCUGGGAGAUGAAGGUGGAAACACUAUAACAGUCCGCUGGUACCGUCGCAAAACAAAUUUGCACCAUGUCUGGGAUAACAUGAUUAUUGAGUCUGCUCUUAAAACAUACUACAAUAAAAGUCUUCCACUCUUCAUUCAAGCACUUCAAACCAAUCUUACGCAUGGCUGGUCUAAUGAUGUUCCGUCGUGGGAGUCAUGUCAACUUAACCAAACGGCCUGUCCAAAUCCGUAUGCAUCUGAAAGCAUAAAUGUAGCCUGCAAGUAUGCCUAUAGGAACGCUACCCCAGGGACUACUUUAGGAGAUGACUAUUUCCUCUCUCGGUUACCCAUUGUGGAGAAGAGACUUGCACAAGGUGGGAUACGCUUGGCGGCCACUCUUAACCGUAUCUUUUCUUCAAAACCUAAGCAUGCUGGAUCAUGAAACUGAGAGAAAAAGAUCCCCAAGAACUAUAUGCAGUAACUCUAUAUAUUAGCUCAAGUAAUGCUUAGACUUAACUAAGAAGUCCUUUAGUCUUCUUUUUACUCUUGGAACAAAUUAGGUAAAUCUUUGACUAUUAUAAAGUCUGGAACUAUUC